UCGCUCGAUUCGAUUCCCUUCCUCCAUCUUCGUCUUUUCCCUCCCUCGCCUCCUCCACUCAUCUUCGAUCUGUGUUUCUGGAAGUUUACCACUUCCUCUCCAUCUUUAUCUUUUCAUACUCUUCUUUAGACGCUACUCAACCUUACGCACCGACCACUUGGAGCUUCCCUCUAGGAAGUAGUCCUUCGUCCUUCUAUCCACACCUCCGUUACUCAGACAUUAUCAUCAACUAUGGAUAGGCUUAAUCGAAUGCUCCAGGCCGCACAGGGCAUGGGCAUGGGGAGCGCCGCGCCUGGUGGUGAUACCCCUAACCUAAUUGAUAACUCCGAGACUGUACACAUUUCAUCCCUCGCACUCCUGAAGAUGUUAAGGCAUGGUCGGGCCGGUGUGCCUAUGGAGGUUAUGGGUCUGAUGCUCGGAGAAUUUGUUGACGAAUAUACGGUGCGGGUGGUCGAUGUAUUUGCGAUGCCUCAGAGCGGUACCGGUGUUAGUGUCGAGGCCGUUGAUCCCGUCUUCCAAACUAGAAUGAUGGACAUGCUCCGCCAAACUGGACGACCGGAAACGGUGGUCGGCUGGUACCACUCCCAUCCAGGAUUCGGAUGCUGGCUCUCAUCCGUCGAUAUCAACACUCAGCAGUCAUUCGAACAGCUUACCCCCCGUGCUGUUGCUGUCGUCGUCGACCCAAUCCAGUCCGUAAAAGGCAAGGUCGUCAUCGAUGCCUUCCGUCUUAUCCAACCUCAGACCGUCGUCAUGGGCCAAGAACCCCGACAAACUACCUCUAAUUUGGGUCAUUUGAACAAGCCCUCGAUCCAAUCCCUUAUUCACGGCCUAAACAGACACUACUACAGCAUUGCUAUCAACUACCGCAAGACCGGACUUGAGGAGAAUAUGCUGAUGAACCUGCACAAGCACGUUUGGACUGAGGCAUUGCAGAUGCAGGAUUUCCACGAGGAAGGCCAGCAUAACGUCGACCGCAUGAAGCAGCUCGUUAGCCUUGCUGAAGGCUACGAGAAACGGGUGAAGGAGGAGACAGAGCUUACUAAGGAGCAGUUGAAGACAAGAUACGUCGGAAAGGUCGAUCCUAAGAAGCACAUCGAAGAUAUGAGCCAGCAGCUGAUUGAAGACAACAUCGUUGCUGUAUCACGGCAGAUGAUUGACAAGGAAGCCUCUGUGGCACGACUCUCGAACGGAAAAGGCCCUCAAAACGGUACAGGCAUGGAUGUAGAUGAAGAGCUAUAGCCCGUUUGUGCAUUAAUACCACCUAAACAAGAUCGCAACGAAAUAUCUUGACUCCUAGAAUUGAUGUUCAGAACGAGUUCAAUACCCUUUUGUCAUGCAUGACCUUGAAGUCUGUAGUAUCUCGAAGACCUUUCGGACGUAGUUUGGGGGGGGACAUUUUAUUCCCUUGGGCGGUGGUAAAAAUAAUGGAUAAGAAUUGUCAAAUAAAUUCUCCAAGUCUAGCAAAUCAUCUAUUG